GGUAAUUUAACUUUUCAUUCUCCCCGAUCCUCAAGCAUAGUUUCGAGAACCACCACCACUCUCUGUCGUCGUCCACAAGAAUAGCAAGAGUCUCCCCGUGUUCUGCAAACAUAUCCUAGGUUGUGUAUUUGUAAGAGAUAUGGGUGGUGGCUCGUCGGAGACGAAGAUCUUGCAAGAACUCAUCCUUUACGCUGCGAGCGCUGCUUUCAGCUGCUUGGUUCUUUUUGCCGGGCUCAGACACCUCGACCCUAAUCGCGAGGCGUCUAAGAAAGCUCUCGAGCAUAAGAAAGAGAUCUCCAAGCGUCUAGGUCGUCCUCUUAUUCACACCACUCCAUACGAGGAUGUGAUAGCAUGUGAUGUGAUUAAUCCAGACCAUAUCGAUGUGGAGUUUGGUUCUAUUGGAGGUUUGGAGACAAUCAAGGAGGCUUUGUACGAGCUAGUGAUUUUGCCGUUGAAAAGGCCUGAGCUUUUUGCGUAUGGGAAGCUGCUUGGUCCUCAAAAGGGAGUCUUGCUCUAUGGGCCUCCUGGUACUGGGAAGACGAUGCUUGCUAAGGCUAUUGCUAAAGAGUCAGGAGCUGUUUUCAUUAACGUUAGGGUUUCUAAUCUGAUGAGCAAGUGGUUUGGUGAUGCUCAGAAGCUUGUUUCUGCUGUCUUUAGCUUGGCGUACAAACUCCAACCUGCUAUCAUUUUUAUCGAUGAGGUGGACAGCUUCCUUGGUCAGCGCCGUUCAACAGAUCAUGAGGCCAUGGCUAACAUGAAGACUGAGUUUAUGGCUUUAUGGGAUGGGUUUUCUACUGAUCCGAAUGCGAGGGUAAUGGUUCUUGCUGCAACCAACAGACCAUCAGAGCUUGAUGAAGCAAUAUUGAGGCGUCUUCCUCAAGCCUUUGAGAUUGGAAUGCCUGAUCGUAAGGAGAGAGCUGAGAUAUUGAAAGUGACACUGAAAGGAGAGAGGGUGGAACCGGAUAUUGACUAUGACCACGUAGCUCGUUUAUGCGAAGGCUACACCGGAUCAGACAUCUUUGAGCUCUGCAAGAAAGCAGCUUACUUCCCUAUCAGAGAAAUCCUAGAGGAAGAGAGAAAAGGAAGACCUUGUCCUGCUGCUAGGCCAUUGUCACAGUUGGAUUUGGAGAAAGUUCUUGCUACGUCGAAGAAGACGCAAGUUGCAGCAGGGGAGUACUGUGGGCUGAGAGGGUCAAGGGAACCAGAUGAGGUGGAAGCAGCUAUAAGUGGAAUCUCGAAGCUACUGGUCUCUCAGUUCAUUAACCUUCAGUCUGGUUCUCAGGACUCACGGCACCGGGAUCCUGAAGAAGAUAACUGAUCAUCAUUUUUUCGUAAACGUUCUGGUUUCAAGUGGGAAAGUUUAAUAUCUUUCCAUAAUAUAACUCUGUUUUGUAAUAAUUUUGUUAUAGGAUGAUUUACUUGCUUUUGGCAUUUUACUAAGAGGCUUUCAUCUUUAUAUGUGUUACUAAAGAUUGACCAAUGCGUCAUCUCUUUCUUCA